AUGUCUUGUGUAGCUUCUUUACAUUUGCAUAUCAUCCUUUAUCCAUUUAUCUUUCUCUCUUCUUUUUAUUUGGAAAAGAGACUAUAUCUUUUUGAUUCCUCUUUUUUGCUCUCCCCCCUAUCUCUUUACUAUCUCUCAGUGUCUCUAUUUUUGCUCACUCUCUUUACGUUCUUUAUCAUUCUUUUCCUUUUCUCCUUUUCACUCCCUUUUCAUGCUUUUUAUUUUCUCUAUUUCUUCUCCCCCUUUCUCUAUCAGAUUCUCUCUUUCUCUCUCUCCCUCUCUCUCUACUUCAUUCAAUUUCUUUCUUUGUUUAACUCUCUUAUAUCUUGGUCUCUUUCUCUUUCUAUCAUUAUUUUUCUCUCCCUGUCUCUUUUGUCUCUUUCUUAUCCGAUUCUCUCUGUGUUUCUCUCUUUAGCAAGCAUUCGCUUCUUCUUGCUCUCUUUCUCUUUCCCCCCAUUCUUCUCUCUUUCACUAUCCACCCCGUUCGUUAUUUCUCUCUCCACCUCCUCGUUUCUCUCUUUAAACCUUCUGCUUCUUUUCCUUUUUAAUUUCUUCGCUUCUCUCUUUCACUUUUUCUCUCCGAAAUGUUUUCUUGCUAUAAUUUUCUUUGUCAUUAAUAACAUGACAUUAGAUUAA